AUGACGCAAGGAGCCAUUUCAUGCCGCUAUAAUGGGCUCUCGGUUGCCUACCUUAUCUUCCUGCUCCUGGUGCCACUGUUCUCCGAGCCCACGGCCAUGUCUAUGCAAGAAAAGAGUUAUUAUUGUGGCUUCCGGGUGAUAAGCUCAAAGUCAUUUUUGUUUAAUAAAGCAUGGGCUCAUAACAACAUGGCAAGUGUUCUCUUCUCACACCUCCCAGGACACACAGGACGUCUGCUCAAAGCCUUGACUUCCAUCAGCUUCAUCUUUCUGCUGUUGCAUCUGGGAUCUCAAGUGAUGUUCCAUUACGUUCCAAAUAAUGGUACUGUUUGGGAGACUGCACUCUGGCACAUAGGAGUAAUCAGGUUGAAUGAAGUCGAUAUUGGAAAUGCCAUUCGCCUGGUUUUUCCAGACAUUGGAAUAUUUAUCGGAAGCUUGGCUGCUUUUCUCAUCUGCAGGAGCCUGUUGAUUGAUGCAGGCUUGCAUGAUGAAGCUCAGAAUUUGUCCCAUUCCGAGGGCAAGAAGGAGGGCGAUGAAACUGAAUCUGAAGAAGAGACUGAUUCUGAGGUGGAUUCUGAGGAAGAAGAAGUUGAGAAAUUGGAACAAGAUGAAGCAGAAAAGAAACCAAACAUCACUCAUAAACUGGCUGCUGUGAUUGUAGCGAUUAAAGAGAUGAUUGGACAUCUAAUAAUGACAGCAGGAAAAGCUGUUUUGACUAUUCUGCUAUGUUUUGCAGGUAUCGUGCACCCAUCUCUCAUCUCUGCAGUCUACUUCUUCACGUUCCUGGGGCUGUGCUCCUGGUGGGCGUGUGGGCGUGUUUUCAGCUUGUUCUUCUUCAAGUGCUUGUGCCUUUUGAUGUUUUUUGUCAGCGGAGGACACCUGACUGCAAUCUACCUUUACCAGUUACCUGCAUUUCAGCUUCCACCUGACCAGAUUCAAAUGAGGUUGCUUGGAAUGACAGCUGUGAUCAAAACCAAUAUGUCAGCGCCGUGGUGCCUGAUGACCCAUCAUGGACUGCACUGGCCUGUCAUUCUGAACCCCAUCGUACUCCUGGUUCUGUACUACACCAUGGCAACUAUCAUUCGGCAACUGUUUCUCAGUGAGACCAGGACUGAUCUUCCAGAGGUGGAAGUUUACACUGCAGAAAGCUCGUCAGAACAGAUCAAUGUAGAAGCCAACCUACAGAUUGUUGAAAGUGAUGGUGACAAGUUGACUGAUGCCUUGUAUUUACCACAGGGGAACAAUAACUGUCUGCCAGUCCAGAUGUACAGCUCCCCAGAGUACACUCUGCAGUCCUCCAGUGCUGAAACCUUCACAGGGAUGGAAAUAAAAGAUGAUGCAUCUGGGAACCCACCCAGCAGCGUGAUGAUCAUUGGCCACUUCAUAAUGCAGCAGAGUUACAUCUGUGCACUCAUAUUCAUGAUGAUCUGGAGCAUUACUUACAUCAGCUGGAUGACUUUUGUCCUUUUGAUCUGGUCCUGUGUGAUCUGGAUGUUACGCGACCGUCAGCGAUGGGCAAAACUGAGCUCCCCUCUUCUGACAGUUUAUGGGAACUUGCUGUUAACUCAACAGUUCAUUACAGGCUUAGAGCUGAGUGAGGCUGAGCUGUUCCCCGCAGCCUCUAACGCUGUCCUGAUCGACUUUGAUCUGAAGCAUUCAACCACACCGUGCGUUCACCUGGGAGUUAAGGUCUUCUACACUUUCACCUUUUGGAUCUUACUGCGUCAGCACUUGAUCGAGAAAGAGGAAGUGAGAAAAAGAACGCAGGUAUCACUCAGUGAGAUCAACAUUCAGGGGACAGAGAGUGCGCAGAUGGACGGUACUUUGAUGGCGGUUCUUGGUUCUGUGCUGAAGGGAUUUUUGAUAAAGUAUUGGAUCUAUUUUUGCACAGCCAUGUUUAUCAUUAUCAGUUUUCAUGGCAGAGUCGUGGUCCAUAAAAUUCUUUACAUCGUGUUGUUUCUCUUCUGUGCGGCGCUGUAUCAGGUACAUUAUGUUUGGUGGCGUCAAAUCCUGAGAUACUUCUGGAUCACUGUUGUGUCAUACUCAAUGCUGGUGCUAGUCAUGAUCUACACCUAUCAGUUUCAAACUGUUUCUUGGCUCUUUCAACAGAAAAUGGGAAUGUCUGAGGACAGUUUGAAGGACCUGGGCUUGGAGCAGUAUGACACUGCUGAGCUGUUUGCUAAUAUGUUACUUCCUGCCACCUUCCUCCUGGCCUGUAUCCUGCAGCUACAUUACUUCCAUGAUCAUUUCCUCAAGCUGACAGACUGGAGACAUGUCAAUCCCAGGCAGGAUAACCUCAUCAAUAGAUUGAAUAACCAACACAGCCUUUACACCUUCAAGAAACCUGGCUUUGAACCAAAGGAGCCAAGCUUGGAGCAGGAGAAGGAAGCAGAUAUGAAAGGAUAUCCAAGUCCAUGGAACACGGUGAUUGACAGAUUGACUACCUUAAUUUUACGGCUCCUGGAAAUACUGCAUAAAGUCCAAGUCGGGUUGUGGAGACUCCUAGAACUGCACAUCAUCAAGAUGGUCUCUUCCUGUAUUAUCUGGAUCACAUUAAAGGAGGUUUCGCUGAUGAACUACCUUUUCCUUAUUCUCUGGGUGUUUGCAUUACCCUAUUCCUCGUUCCGUCCUCUAGCAUCCAGCAUUUCGACAGUCUGGGCCUGUGUCAUGAUUGUCUGUAAAAUGAUGUACCAGCUCAAGGUUGUGAAGUUAUCCACAUUUUCUGCAAACUGCACACUGAAUGCAAGCCAAGAGCUGCCGUCCACAUCUACUCUGUAUGCUGGCCCUAUUGACCCUACAUACUGGUAUGGAGCACUGAGGAAAUGUGAAGAUGAUGUCUUGCCCUGUCUGAAGAAUCACUUGAUCAUCUUGAGUUUACUGGUGUUUGAAAUGACAGUUUAUCGCCAUCAACAGUACUAUAGGCUCUACAAUGGGCUCAAGACUCCUUUAACAGGAACGCUACUUGACAAUAUCACACGGCUCCAUUUGGAUGAUGGGCUGCUGGACUGCGUCAAAUACUUCACAAACUACUUCUUCUAUAAGUUUGGGCUGGAGGUCUGCUUCAUAGCAGCCAUACACCUCAUUGGGCAGCGCAUGGACUUGUACUCUGCGAUCCACGCCUUGUGGCUAACGGUGGUUCUCUGCAGACGCCGGAGAAAGGCCAUUGCUGAGAUAUGGCCCAAAUACUGCUGCUUCGUCACCUGUAUCAUUCCUUUCCAGUACCUGCUGUGCAUUGGGAUCCCUCCUUCUCUCUGCAAAGAUUAUCCCUGGAGGUCCACCCUCGGACUGAGCUCCAAUCUCAUUAAGUGGCUUUAUCUGCCAGACUUCAUAAAGAGACCCAACCCAAUGUUCCUGAUGUAUGACUUCAUGCUACUGUUAUACAUAUCAAUGCAGUGGCAAGUAUUUGAAGAUGAGAACAUGGCAGCAAUACGGAUGACUGCAGGGGACAAUGUUGAAAUCAGCCGUUGCCUGGAUACUGCUACAGUUUAUCAGUAUAUUCCUGUAGCUAACUUCCUGAACUGCAGGUCAUACUUGGAUAUGCUGAAAGUAGUUGUGUUCAGCUACUUGUUCUGGUUUGUGCUGUGUCUAAUCUUCAUCACUGGGACAAGCAGAAUCAACAUCUUCUGUAUGGGUUACCUGGUUGCCUGUUUCUACUUCAUGUUCUUCGGAGGACAGCUGCUCCUAAAGCCAGUCAAGGUCAUCCUCAGGCGCUGGGACUAUCUGAUAGGCUACACUAUCCUGGUGAUAGUGAUAAAGAAUGUAUUUGCAAUUGGCUCCUGUGUCUACUUGAAGAGUUUGCUUAAGAAGAACUGCUGGAUGGUGCAGAUGUUUGGCAUGGCCUGCACAAUCAAAGAUUAUGAUCUCCCGAAUGCAGAUGAUUUGCUUGAAAACUGUGGGGUCCCAAAUAAGCAGGCAGGCAUUAUUUGGGACAGUACCUGCUUCCUCUUCCUACUAGCCCAGAGGCGAGUCUUCCUGAGUUACUAUUUUCUCCAUGUUGUGGCAGACCUAAAGGCUUCCAAACUGCUGGCAGCGAGAGGAGCUGAACUAUUUGAAGCUAAAGUUAAGAAAGGAGUUACAGCAAGACUAGAGAAAGAGAGAUUAUCCAUGGAAAUGCUGAAAAAACAGAUGGAAAGGAUCAGAGCAAAACAGAAGCACCAACAAAUGUUGACACUAGUGCCAAAACCUGGUGAGACAUCUCACAGAGUCAAUCGGUUCGAAGCAGAGAAUCAGGGAGUGUGUUCAGCUGACGGCAAAGACAGAGCAGAAGAUGACAAGAAGAAGUGGUGGAAGCCCUGGGUAACUCAUUCCUCAAUGAUUCAUAGUGGGGACUACUAUCUCUUUGACACUGACAGUGAGGAUGAAGCUAAGGAUGAAACUGGAAUGGUUGAAGAUGAAACAGCAAAAACCUCAGCAUUCCAGUUUGCUUACAUAGCCUUAGUUAAAGACUCUAAAGCAGCAGUCAAGGAAAAACACAAGGAGCUGAAGCGGGCAAAGAAAGUACAGAGGAUGACAGAAGAUGUGGAGCAAAGAAAUCGACAAGAUUUAAACAGAGCUGACUCCAGUGAAGAUGAACUCGAUGCUUCGCAUGUGCAGGAUCCGGAUAAUUUCAUCAAGCGAGGAGUGAAUAUUUUGACCUUCACUUGGAUGUUUGCCCAAGCACUGCUUGAAGGACUGAUUGAGCUUCUGAACUCCAUCUCCAAGGAGUACAUUGAUAUCUCCACCGUCCUGAGGUUUGAGAGGUCCAUUUUGAGAAGAGAAUUAAAACAGGGAAAGCUUUCAAACCAGGAGACAAUUCAUAAUUUUUACAAUGCCAAACUGAAAUGUCGAGCUCCCUGUAAUCCUGAUGGUGUCUUGGAGAGAGAUGAGCCAAUGGAAGGAGAUCCAGCGUCAACAUCGAACUACCGCAAAAUGCCCAGCCUUGAUUCGAUGUUGUCCAGAGACAGCAGUGUGUCCAGUUGCAACACUGAAGUCACUGUGGUGUCCUUGAAGCUGACAGCCAGCGACUGUGCUGAUGAUGUUGAGGAGCCGGUCUCUGUGGUCCCAAAGCCCAGUAAUCGCAUUCGGUGGAGACUGCAGAAGAUGCUCAACAUUGAUAUCCCCUCCUCACUGGACUAUGAGCCUCCAAGUACAUUGGUCCAGUGUGCCAGGUCAAGUACCUGGCAGGGAACAACAGAAACCAUUGAGGAAGAGGCAGAUGAAGAGGUCACUAAAGACGUUAUAACUCCACAGCCUUACCACCCACCAUCCUACAAUACAACAGCAAACAGCUAUAAAUAUCUUGACCUCCCUGAAGAGAACGCGUCUGUGGAAUCAGAUGAGGAGGUGUCAAAGAUGAACCGUCAAACUCUUCUUAGCUGUGAGACUCAUCUCCUAACAGCAAGUGAUCUACUUCUGAACAGGGUGUUCCAUGAUGUUGAACUGGAAGAGUCGGACAAAUUCUACCGCAGUUUGCCUCAUCUCCUGAAGCUGCUGUUUGCCUUGUAUGACACCAUGGUGUCCCAGUCUGACAUGUUGUGCUACUUUGUCAUGAUCCUCAACCAUAUGGUCUCAGCCUCAGUGCUCACCAUGGUCCUACCCAUCCUUGUCUUUCUCUGGGCAAUGCUGUCAGUGCCUAGACCCAAGAAGCGUUUCUGGAUGUUGGCUAUCCUGUACACCGAGAUCACUGUUGUUGUAAAAUACUGCUUUCAAUUUGGAUUUUUCCCCUGGACCAGCACCUCCUAUCAAAUGUAUUACUUUAAUCAGCCAUUCUACCUUCCCAACAUCAUUGGCAUUGAGAAAAAGGAUGGCUAUGUGCACUAUGACCUUAUCCAGUUGCUUGCUCUGUUCCUGCAUAGGUCAGUCCUCAAGUGCCAAGGUCUGUGGGAUUCCCAUGAUGCAGUGAAGGGGCAGCACUUUGAGAAGAAGCAGAAACAAAGCAACAGCCAGAACCUGGGAGAGGCACAGGAGGACAAUGAGAACACACAAACAGUGAUCCUGCAGGACACUGAACAGGGCCCAGAGAGGAAAACCAGUUCCAGGCGAUUAUCAGAAAGAGUAAAAGCUCCAAAGAGAUCCAGAAAGAAGAAGAGGCAAUCCCCAAAGGCAGAGAAACGAUUAAGAGAUACUGUCAAGGAGCAAAUCAGAGAGAAGACACAGAUGGCAAAAAGAUACAUUACUGUAACAGCUCUUCAAAUCUACCUGCCCAUUAAAGAAUUCUUCUACAACAUUAUCCAUCCUGAAUAUAAUGCAGUGUGUGAUGUCUACGCAUUAAUGUUCCUCAUUGAUGUCAUUAACUUCAUCAUCACCAUUUUUGGAUAUUGGGCAUUUGGAAGAUACACAGCUGUGGCUGACAUCACGGAAUCCCUCUCAGAGGAUCAGGUGCCCCAAGUGUUCCUCGUGAUGGUAUUGGUUCAGUUUGCCACCAUGGUGGUUGACCGUGCUCUCUACCUCAGGAAGACCGUCAUGGGGAAGGUUGUCUUUCAGGUUGUCAUGGUACUUGGGAUCCAUUUCUGGAUGUUCUUCAUACUCCCUGGAGUGACUGAAAGGAGGUUUAACCAAAACCCAGUUGCUCAGCUUUGGUACUUUGUUAAGUGUAUUUACUUCGGUUUGUCAGCAUAUCAGAUCAAGUGCGGCUACCCCAACAGAGUGCUCGGCAACUUCUUAACCAAGAGUUACAACUAUGUCAACCUCUUCCUCUUCCAAGCAUUCCGUUUGGUGCCCUUUUUGACAGAGCUAAGGGCAGCGAUGGAUUGGGUAUGGACAGACACCACACUUAGCAUCUCCAGCUGGAUUUGUGUGGAGGACAUUUAUGCCAAUGUGUUCAUCCUGAAAUGCUGGAAUGAGUCCGAGAAGAGAUACCCACAAGCAGCUGGUCAGAAGAAGAACAUGCUGGUUAAAUAUGGAAUGGGUGGCCUCAUCAUUGUUUCGUUGAUCUGCAUCGUGUGGUUCCCACUACUCUUUAUGUCAUUGGUAAAAUCUGUUGCUGGAGUGACCAAUCAGCCUCUGGAUGUCUCCAUCAAGAUCAGUAUUGGUGGCUAUGAGCCGUUGUUUACGAUGAGUGCACAGCAACAGAACCUCAGGACAUUCUCAAUGGCAGAGUACAACCAGCUCGCCAGGGAGUACAGCCACCACCCGUCUGCAAUGCAGUUUUUAGUUAAUUACAUGCCAGAAGACAUCGUUGUGGCUCACAUCAAGAGUGACGCGAACCUGCUGUGGAGCAUUAGUCCGGCCAGUCUCAAGGCAAUGAAAGAAGAAAUUGCCAAUUCUUCACAGAUUUACGUACAUCUCCAGUGGACCAUUCUGAGGAAUGCUUCGCUGCUGAUGAAUCCUGAAGCAUUUGGUGAACACACAGUGGUCUGUACAGACAGAGAAGUGAGAGAGGAGCUUGUUCAGCUGCUGGAAGGGACACGUGAGAAAUCAGUGGUGAUCAAUGAAUUACUACCAAAAUACAUUCGAGCGACACGUCGAACUGAAACGAUGCCAGCUUUUCGACUUCGAACAAGUUUUCCCAGUGGUGACAAAGAAAGGCUUGCCCUUUUCAGGAACAUCUCGCUGCAGUUGGAGGAAGAGCUCGGGGCAUGCACCACAUCACAUGGAAAGCUGAGGUGGUGGAACGUCAAGGAGUGUGACCCACAAUGGCCUAGCCAGGGCUGCAGCAACAUGAAGCUCAUCAUCUUCAAUGACAAAGUCAGCCCCUCGAGUCUGGGUUUCCUUGCUGGAUAUGGGAUCGUUGGUCUGUAUCUGUCUGUGGUGUUGGUCAUUGGAAAGUUUGUUCGAGAAUUCUUCAAAGAUAUUUCUCGCUCCAUCAUGUUUGAGGAGCUGCCCAAUCCUGAUAGAAUCUUGAAGCUGUGCACUGAUAUCUUCCUCGUGCGUGAGAUGGGCGAGUUAGAACUCGAAGAGCAGCUUUUUGCCAAACUCAUCUUCCUUUACCGCUCUCCUGAGACCAUAAUCAAGUGGACCCGUGAGAAGCAAGAGUGAAUGAUAAUAAUGAGAAAUCAAACAUUCAUCACACCCAGGAAAUUCAACAUUAACCUCAGGAAACCACACGGCAGCCUUGGAUUCCAUCAAACUCUUUUUAACAGCUCCCUCACUGAGACAGGAAGUCUGCAUGUUUAUUCUUUGGCAAGGUAUUGAAUGUGAAUGUUUUACACAAUUAUACACCUCAGCAGUACUAAGUGAUGGGCACCAGCUGCAGAAUUACUGCAUAACAUUGCUAAAAAGACCAAUAACUGAAUUCCGGGUCCUAUCAAAUGUGCAAUUUCAGAGCUUGUACUAACUUCCACUUCAAGUACCAAAUGCUGCUCAGAAAUUUAGAAACAGGAAGCAUUCAAACUGCAGAACACCAACAUCUACUCCAGAGUAUUGGUUCAGCUAAAAACAUGCUGUCAUAGGCACUUUGUCAUUCUUAUGACAACUGUAGAUGAGAAGAUAAACAACUAGGGCUCUUGCUACUACUCACUUGAGCUGCGUUACUUUCAAACACUGAUUUGAGAUACAUUUAAUGUAAGGUCACAGUAAAGCAGAACAGGUCAGUGAAGAGAAACAGUUCAUUUAAACACUAACUUUUUCUCUGGGAGAAACCUGGGUUUUGCUGACAUUAUAUUUGAUGGAUAACACUGGGGUAUUUUCACAGGAUUCUCCUAAAUUAUUCAUUCUCACAGAUUUGGGUACUUACAUGGAAACACACCUUCCUACCCCCAGCAAGUGGGCAGGCUUAAAGGGACGGCCAGCGAUCAGGGAAAAUAGCAGUGGCUGCCCUAUCACAAUGAUGUGGAGAUGCCAUUGUUGGACUGGGGUGGACAUGGUCAAAAAAAAAACACACAUCAGGUUAUAGUCCAACAGAUUUAUCUGAAAAUGCAAACGUUUUGGAUACUCAGCCCCUUCCUCAGGUGUCCUAUCACAAGUGAUAGCCACAGCCACUACAGUUCUCCACCUUACUCAAUGCUUUUCAGAGAGCCAGUGCUUUCAGAGCAGAACCAGGUCACCAAAGUUCAACAAUAUGCAGCUUUUAUAGAGCUGUCAUGCUGCACAAACCAGGUUGGGAAUUACGCUCCAAAAGAAUAACAAACAGUGUGCUUUUUUUUGCUUCCCAGAAGAGGAUCAAGUCAAAUUAGAAGCAAUGUCAACACAUAUUAUAUUUCUGAGAACUUAAUACAUUUGGCAAAUGAUGUCACAACUUAUUUUAAACCGAGUGCUGUCAGCUUCUGUGUUGUGUUCACUGCAGGAUUUUAGACCUUGCACAGCCGGGUUGAAAGAGAAUAUGGGUUCAAUAACGUCUGCCCAAAAACCUCCUCCCUCCUUAGUAUCCAAGGGUCCAAACAGACCAUCCAGCGGAAGCAGCACUUAAUCUGCACUUCACUCAAUCCAGUCUACUGUAUUCGCUGCUCACAAAAGUGAUCUCUUCUACACUGGGGAAAGGAAACUUACACUGGGUGACUGCUUUGCAGAACACUGCAAAAUAGACCCUCAGCUUCCAAUUGCCUGCUACUUCAACACGCCACCAUGUUUCUGGUCAACAUCUCUAUCUCAGACUUGCUGCAGUGCUCCAACAAAGCUCAGUGCAAGUUGGAAGAACAGCCCUUGAACUCAAUACUGAAUCUGAAUCUAAACAGUUUUAGAGUUUGAGGCACCUUCUCCCAUGUCCUUACCCCAAGCCCAACACGUCAGGUGUUCUUAUUACAAUGAUCUGCUAUUACACAUUAUUAGCCACUAAUAGUCCGCAUCAACAGCCAUUCACUCUCUUAGGCAGACUGGUAUCCGCUUCUUUGCCUAUCCAACUGUUCUUGUCUCGCUGUGCUCUAUCUCCACCUACUGUUUACUCCUUAACCCCUUUCCACACCAUAGGUUCUGCAUAAAAACCAAACUGUUUUCUAGCUAAUAUCAGUUCUGAAGAAGAGUCACUGAACCCAAAAAGUUAACUGAUUUUCCAGCAAUUUCACUUUGUCACAUUUGUUGUUGUAAGGUAUAAGCAAUAAGUGAGGCAUAGGGAUAGACUGUAUAAAUAACCCAUACUGUGCCUGCCAUGGGAGUGUCUCUGACUGAAUUUAAUGUCAGUAACGUUGAAUUAAAUUCCUUUAACAAGGCCUUGGGCCUGUUCCACAGUGGUGAUUCCAUACGUCUAGUUCAGAAAACAUAAGCUUGGGAUAACAAGGAUUACUUAAUAUCAAAACAACUAAAGCUGAUACAGCGACGAAAUUAAUAAAAGAGGGGACAGGUAGAUAAAAGGAAACUUGUGCAAAAUGAUUUAAUAAGAUCAAGCAUUCCAAUCUGUUCGAUACAUUCAGUCAAACAGAGAAUGUCUUUAUAAAAGAAUAAAACCAUUUAGUAUAGCAAUUCUCAUUGCCCCUGCUGUACCAAGACCACAUCCCCACCACUGCAAUAAAGCCACGUGUGUGCCCACUCUCCUGGGUAUUUGAUGAUGGUUCUCUAUGGAUUCCAUUUUAUUACUUGUUACUAAAUGCUGACAGAAGGAAAGUGAGACUUUAUACAAUUUGGACACAUUUUGAACAGACAUGGACUCAAAGGAUGUCUAAAAGCUUGAAUCGGAAGUAAUGCCAAGACUUCAGUGAUGCCCUCACGUGAGGUUUAAGCUUCUGGCUAAUGCUGCUUGUAAACUCCAUCAAAGUAACAAGCCAACAGUCCCCUUGAGAAAGAGUGCGAUCCCUGCUUACACAUGAGACUCGUUAUACCUGGAUGGUUGGAUUGGCGAUUGAUUGACUUAUUACAUCAGUGAUUUAACUGUGUGCACAGCUGCCCUCCACCUUACACCAGCCUCCUACGUUUGGACAAGCCACAGUCUCCCUCGCUCGUCGCAUAGUGUUGGUCUGUGCCAGCACCAAGAGGGGACACUAGGUUCAGCAUGGGGUCUUUGGAAGCACGGCCAAACAGAGCCAACAGGAAAGCCACCCCAAAGCCGGUUGCUCGCUCGCCCUGCACACAAAAUAAACAAGUAUUACAUCAUUUAUACAGUGUACUAUUUAAUAACUGGCCAGUUAUGGGCUUCAGGAACUUAUCAACGCUUUUACCUUUACAGUUUCCUUACAAAGGAGUGAAAAACAUUGAGAGCUUUUGAAAUAAUUAAUCUGAACACUUUGAGGGAUUCAAAGGUAAGCUGGCUGGUAUGGUGAUUGGACACUAGGCCCUUUGUCCGUCUUUGAAAGAGUUUGGCCAGUCUAAAUAUAGAUUCUAAUGGACAAGGACUGCUGUUUUCAGCAUUAGCCUGACAAUUUCACUCAAACGUGCCACUGAUGUGCAAGGUGGGUGCAAAUUUUGAGUCAUGAAUUGAGGCAUCUUGUUAGGACAGUGUAGGAGGAGGUAUUUUGAUUCCAAAUUAAAUUGGGGAUGCCUGAUGGGACAGUGUAGAGAAAGAUUUAUUGUGUACUUAACCCAUGCGGUG